CGAUCAGGUGACCCGCGCCAGCUUCCUCUUUCGAUGCUACAACACUCUUUUUCUACCCCUUCCGAAUACCCUUUAGCACCUACUAUUUAAGCUGCUGGUGUGUUUUUGACGUACGUUGUAAACAUUUAACCAUAGGUAUCCUGCCAGAACAUCUAAACCGUCGCCGGGUCGAUGCUCGUGGAGUGGAUGAUGAACGGACACGCUAUUCUCUACACCGGGGUCACUUUGGCCUUCUGGAGCACUAUACUCGUAGUCGGUAUCUGUUAUACCAUCUUUGACCUUGGAUUCCGUUUUGAUGUCGCAUGGUUCCUUACAGAGACGUCCCCUUUUAUGUGGGCAAACCUGGGUAUUGGCCUCGCCAUCUCCCUCUCUGUAGUAGGAGCAGCCUGGGGAAUCUACAUAACUGGAUCCAGCAUCAUUGGGGGUGGUGUCAAGGCGCCACGAAUCAAAACCAAGAACCUGGUCAGCAUCAUCUUUUGUGAGGCAGUGGCCAUCUAUGGAAUUAUCAUGGCCAUCGUCAUCAGCAACAUGGCUGAGAACUUCACCGGAACCACUCCAGAAACCAUUGGUGCAAGGAAUUACCAAGCGGGUUACUCUAUGUUUGGUGCUGGGCUGACCGUGGGCUUCUCCAAUCUCUUCUGUGGCAUCUGUGUUGGUAUCGUGGGCAGCGGGGCAGCCCUGGCUGACGCCCAGAACGCUAACCUCUUCGUCAAAAUUCUCAUUGUGGAAAUCUUUGGCAGCGCCAUCGGCCUGUUCGGUGUCAUUGUAGCCAUUCUGCAGACAUCGAAAGUAAAGAUGGGAGAUUAAGAAGAUGUAUUCACAGAGAUGCGACGAUGUAAUGAAGACACUGCUGGAAAAUAUCAUACAUUAUUGUGUAAAUAUAUCGUAAAUUAUUUAAAUGUAUUUUCUUAUCUGUGUUUGUUUUUAACCGUCAUUUGCUGAUGAGUAGCAUAUGCACCCUCUGGUCUGAAAACAGCUGUUGAUAGGUAUACUGGAAAGAUCUAAAUCUGAAGAAGGGGUGUAGUUUACAAAGUAAAAAUAAUUUAGUUUGACUAUAAUAUUUAAUUUGCUGAUAUGCACAUUUGUUACCUGAACCUAGCCAAAUUUCUCAUCAGUUGACUUUCUUUUUUAUCAAAUUCAAUAUAUGCAUUGAAUAGGGUAUACAACAGUAGCCAAUUUCUUUCGAUAGCUACUGUAGUAACAUGCGCUCAUCAUUUGACAUGGCUCCAUCUCUUAAGUCAACUACGGUUUCAAUAAAAUAAACACAUUGGGGAAAUUGACUUAAUAUUUAUAGCUUUACUUUGGUAAAUAGGCACUCUUCCCAGAUGACGGUUAAAAAUAAUAACUUGAAAAUGUGCUUGUGUGUGUGCGUGUGUACAUUGUUAUUAUUUUCUCCCUGUGAAGCAUGAGUAUGUUUAGCAUUAUGUGUAGUACUGUUGAAUAGUAUGGGUGAUUGUUCUGGUCCUUUUUUGUGUUUUUGGUUGUAGUUUAAUACUCAAGGGGUCCUUAAACCAAGAAAGUGGGCCAGAUUCAGUAUUUUCUCAAGCCUCUUCAUAUAAGUAAAGCAGAAUCAUUGAAUAGAAUAAAGAGUAUUAAUCCCCUUCGGUGGGUGAGGCCGAGCAAUAGACCCUCACAUGCUGAAGACAAAAGGCUCCAACCUUUAAAACGGCCAUAACCACGUUUGAUUUCCCCUCAGCUGUUGGGAUCGACUUGUUCUAUUUCAAUUGCAUGAGUCUGCUGACGAGAAACAUACCUUCUUCUUUUUUUUUUAUGAGAUUAACAAGUGAUUUAUGCGCAAAGAUUGUAAUGAAAUGGUUUUACACGGAUGAACUGAACAAAACUUGUGUAAGGAAGUCAUCGCCGCAUCCAUUGUAUUUGAGAGGUCUGGUCAGACUUAGGUAGUCAAACUUCUGGAGCCAUCUUUCGGAGUUUCCAUCUAGAAGCAAACCUAUUCAUAGUGCAAUCAUAGAUUUUCUCAUGUGCCCCAUGGUAAUGUAUCGAAGGUACCGUCCAUCUGGGUAAUCCUUUGAAGCUCUUUUCUAGUGUGAAGGGGUUUGAUCUCAAUUGCAGUAUCUAUAAUUUUUAGCGUCAUUACACAUCUAUUGUCUUCUAGUGUCUGUCAUCCAAGUCCCUUUUAAAUGUUGCCCCCGUUUAGGGUCCAGGGUCCCUCGAAGGAUCAAAACACUAAAUUUCAAGUCGCUUGAGGCAACAUUUAGUUUCUUUCUCACCUUCGUCCACAGAUUUCUUCUUUUUUUUUUUCAUGUUGUAUGGAAGUUUGUCCUGAAAGCAUUCCUUCUAGUUGCCACUUACUCCACUUCUCAAUAAUAAGUAACAAGAGGGCACAAAAUUCCAGAAAAUAAAAAUUCAACUUGUACUUGGCUUUCCAGAUGUGUUAAAGCAGUGAGGUUUUCCUCUGGAAUUUUGAAUGUUUGCAAAUUUGAUCGGAAACAUUUUUAGGAAACCCGGCACAAUAUGCAGCCCAAUAUUUUGGUGGUUGUAAUUGGUUCCAUUUGUACAGUCAAUGUUCAUGUGGUGGUUCAAAAAUAUGAAAAAGAAACGUAUAGGUUUGACUUGAUGUGUGAUGGAAAUGCUCAAUCUCCCUCCCUCUAAGUGUCCAUGAUAAUAAAAGUUCUAAAGAAAAAAAUGA